UUAUAUAUAUACAAAUGAUGAAAGGCCUUAAGAACAGUUCAAGUUAUCAGGUUUAUCAUGACUGCCAUCUGCCCGUCAUCUUCCCACCUCUGCAAAACUUGUCAUCCACCCUACCACAACACUUCAUCCUUCCACUUUCUACCUUCUCAUCCACCCUCCCAUACCACCUAAUGCUUCGAAUUGCUACCACCGCGUCACCUAAUGCAUCUGUCCCUCACCAGCACUCUUCUACGAGAUAACGUACGCCAGCGAUACAACCACCACCAAAUUCAAGGCUUUCGUCAGGCAAUUAGGGCUCCACCAGAAGGGCAUCAAGCAACCGCGCUAAACACUACUCCACUCUCAAACUUGCCGCCCUCGACACAACCACAACCAAGUCGAAGGCUUUCAUUAGGCGAUUACGUCUCCAGCAGAAGAGAUAUAUUUUGUAUGUUGUGCGAUAAUCAACAUCCCACCACAACGCGCGAGAAGGCGUCAACUUGUGUAACGCAGUUACUAAGCCUCAGCGCUUACAGAUCAACACACUGGCAGCCACCCGAGUGUAAUGAACUCCGUUGCCAUAUGAAGCCAACUUUGGUUGAAUCAACAGAUGCAACCAAAAAGCUUAUUGUCAAAGUGGGAAGCCAACUUUUCAAUAGAUUAUGGGUACUCCUUUUUGGCCACAUUCGUACUUACUUUACACGUGAAUAAUGUGUAUGUUCGUCCAAAGAAACACAAAGUGAAAUUCAUGAACGGCAAUCAGGUUGCGUUUCGCCUCAGUUCGAUAGGAUCACACCAGAAUUCCUACCACACUGCCAUGGUACUUCAGUCUCUUAUAUUGUUCAAGCAACAUAAAAAGAAUAUGAGCUACUUACCUCUGCUUCUAUUGAAACCCAUAAAGGUGCGUGCAUUAGGCCCCACAUUCUUUUUUCGUUUUGUGCUCCCAAUAAAGUUGCUGUAACUUUAAACGUGGCAUGUAUUUUAUUUUUUUUUCCUUUAUUUUUUGAGUUUGAAACUAUCUGAUGCUUGUAGAAACUUAACCGUGAAACAAGAUUGUGAUAACCUUUUGUGAAAACAAGGCGAUGUUGGUUUGGAGAUAACAUUCAGUCCAAAGACAUACUUGCAGUCACUUCAACAUCCAUCUCCGAAUACAAAGGAAUGCUACACCUAGAAAUGACACCGGCAACUACAGUGGCAAUCAAUCAAAGCAUGGAAAGCACACUGUAAUUUUGGUUGUCAUUGUAUAAUAAAAAAAAUCGCAAUCAGUUGCUUACGUCUGUACGCCGUGUUUUUAUGCCUCCGGCCCGCCGCAACGCGCGGCGGGUCAAAAUUAUAGUAUAUAUACAAUUCACGUCGUCCUUAACUACA